CACCUGCAGCUGACCAUCCAGGCCCUGCAGGAUGAGCUGCAGACCCAGAGGGACCUGAACCACCUGCUGCAGGAGAGUGGCGGCCGCUCUGGGGAACACUACACCAACAUCGAGCUGACCGAGGAGAACUUUAGACGACUGCAGGCUGAGCACGACCGCCAGGCAAAAGAGCUCUUCCUCCUGAGGAAGACCUUGGAGGAGAUGGAGCUGCGGAUCGAGACCCAGAAGCAGACGCUGGGGGCCAGGGACGAGUCUAUCAAAAAGCUGCUGGAAAUGCUCCAGAGUAAGGGUCUGCCUGGGGGGCCAGGCAGGGUCAACGAGGAGGAGGAGCAGGAGAGAGCCAGGCGCAUCGCUGAGGCAGAGGCACAGCUGGGACACCUGGAGGUCAUCUUGGACCAGAAGGAGAAGGAGAACAUCCACCUCCGAGAGGAACUGCACAGGAGAAACCAGAUGUACCAGGACCCUGGCAAAACCAAAGCCCUCCAGACCAUCAUAGAGAUGAAGGACACCAAGAUAGCGUCUCUGGAGCGUAACAUCAGGGACCUGGAGGAUGAGAUCCAGAUACUGAAGGCUAACGGCUUGCUGAACACCGAGGACAGAGAGGAGGAGAUCAAACAGAUGGAGGUCUACAAGAACCACUCCAAGUUUAUGAAGACCAAGAUCGACCAGCUGAAGCAGGAGCUGUCUAAGAAAGAGUCAGAGCUGCUGGCCCUGCAGACCAAACUGGAGACCCUGAACAACCAGAACUCAGACUGCAAACAGCAUAUAGAGGUUCUCAAAGAGUCUCUCACUGCCAAGGAGCAGCGCGCUGCCAUCCUGCAGACAGAGGUGGAUGCCUUGCGCCUGCGUUUGGAGGAGAAGGAGUCCUUCCUGAACAAGAAGAGCAAGCAGCUGCAGGACCUGACGGAGGAGAAGGGUACGCUGGCCGGAGAGAUCCGAGACAUGAAGGACAUGCUGGAGGUCAAGGAGAGGAAGAUCAACGUCCUGCAGAAGAAGAUUGAGAAUCUGCAGGAGCAGCUGUGUGAUAAGGACAAGCAGCUGGGGAACCUGAAGGACAGGGUGAAGUCUCUACAGACUGACUCCAGUAACACUGACACUGCACUGGCCACCCUGGAGGAGGCGCUCUCUGAGAAGGUACAGAACAUAGAGAUAUAG